UAUAUUUACCAUUAAACCUUGGAACUAAUUUCGCAAAUUCGCCUCGCCUCCUUCAUUUCUCCUACUACUUAGAGAGGAGAGAGAAAGUAAAAAUAAAAACUCCACAAAAAGCAACUUCAUCCUCCAUAACCAAAAACACUGAUUGAGCAACAACAACAACAAGAAGAUAAAAGAUGUGGCGUUGCGUCACUCGUGGUUUUCGCUCUCAUUCAUGGAAAACCUCAAACAAUCCUUCGAUCUCUUCUCAAUCUCCUUUUUCCAGAUUAUUUUCCUCCGAAUCUAGUGCGGUAGGUGGCGCCAGCUACACGGUAGUAGACCAUACCUACGAUGCGGUUGUGGUAGGUGCAGGUGGUGCAGGUUUACGAGCCGCUAUCGGAUUAUCGGAACACGGAUUUAACACAGCUUGCAUUACUAAGCUUUUCCCUACUCGUUCUCACACCGUUGCUGCUCAGGGUGGAAUCAAUGCUGCCUUGGGUAAUAUGACUGAAGAUGACUGGAGAUGGCACAUGUAUGACACAGUGAAAGGAAGUGACUGGCUAGGUGACCAGGAUGCCAUACAGUAUAUGUGCAGAGAGGCACCAAAAGCUGUAAUUGAGCUUGAAAACUAUGGCUUACCAUUCUCUCGUACAGAAGAUGGGAAGAUAUAUCAACGUGCAUUUGGUGGUCAAAGUUUGAACUUCGGGAAAGGGGGGCAAGCAUAUCGCUGCGCUUGUGCCGCUGAUCGAACAGGCCAUGCUUUAUUGCACACUUUGUAUGGGCAAGCUAUGAGGCAUAAUACACAAUUUUUUGUAGAAUAUUUUGCAUUGGACCUUCUUAUGGAUGACGAAGGUUCUUGCCAAGGUGUAAUUGCUUUAAAUAUGGAAGAUGGGACAUUGCACAGAUUCCGCUCUAAGUCAACAAUUCUGGCUACUGGGGGUUAUGGUCGAACAUAUUUUUCUGCAACUUCUGCACAUACAUGUACCGGAGAUGGCAAUGCAAUGGUUGCACGUGCUGGCCUUCCAUUGGAGGAUCUUGAAUUUGUGCAGUUCCACCCAACUGGUAUCUACGGUGCUGGAUGCCUAAUCACUGAAGGAUCCCGUGGUGAAGGUGGCAUUCUGAGAAAUAGCGAGGGUGAGCGUUUUAUGGAAAGAUAUGCUCCAACAGCCAAAGAUCUUGCAUCCAGGGAUGUUGUUUCUAGAUCUAUGACGAUGGAAAUUCGAGAAGGCCGUGGUGUAGGACCAUUGAAGGAUCAUAUUUACCUCCACCUGAAUCACUUGCCUCCAGAAGUACUUAAGGAAAGACUUCCUGGUAUCUCUGAGACAGCUGCUAUCUUUGCUGGGGUUGAUGUUACAAAGGAACCCAUCCCUGUCUUGCCAACUGUUCAUUAUAAUAUGGGUGGGAUUCCUACAAACCACCAUGGAGAGGUUGUCACCAUAAAAGGUAAUGACCCAGAUGCACUGGUUCCUGGAUUAUUGGCUGCUGGAGAGGCUGCUUGUGCGUCAGUUCAUGGUGCUAACAGGCUUGGUGCAAAUUCUCUUCUUGACAUUGUUGUUUUUGGUCGAGCUUGUGCCAACCGAGUUGCGGAGAUCAGUAAACCAGGGGACAAGCAAAAACCUUUGGCGAAAGAUGCUGGGGAGAAGACUAUCCAGUGGUUGGACAAAUUAAGAAAUUCAAAUGGUUCUCUUCCAACUUCCCAAAUCCGCCUAAACAUGCAACGAGUAAUGCAGAAUAAUGCUGCUGUCUUCCGCACACAGAGUACAUUGGAAGAAGGUUGUCAAUUAAUUGAUAAAACAUGGGAGAGUUUUCAUGAUGUCAAGGUCCAAGACCGCAGCUUAAUUUGGAAUUCUGACUUGAUGGAAACCAUUGAGUUGGAAAAUUUGUUGAUUAAUGCAUGCAUCACUAUGCACUCUGCUGAGGCAAGGAAAGAGAGCAGAGGAGCUCAUGCUCGUGAAGAUUUCACUACAAGAGAUGAUGAGAACUGGAUGAAACACACUCUAGGAUAUUGGGAGAACGAGAAGGUUAGACUAGAUUAUCGGCCAGUGCAUAUGAACACAUUGGAUGAUGAAAUUGAGACUUUCCCACCUAAAGCUCGUGUAUAUUGAUGUUCUCCAGCCUAAAGACUGCUUCCCGCAUCAAGUAGGGUAAAGAAAUUAACAACAGAAAUAAUAUAUUAUGAUAGACGAACAGGGGGGGGGGGGUGCUUGGGUGAAUUUCAUUCUUCAAUUGCAGUUAAAGGGGUGUUGCCCUUGAUGAAUUGAAUUUCUAGACGUUUCCUGCAAUAAUGAUUUUGACAGAUUUUGUUCGUUCAAUGUUUUGAUGAAAGAAGUGGAACAGUGACUUUGUAUCAACAAUUGUGAAGCAUAAUGUCUACCCUUUUGUAAUCCGCAUAAAGGUAAUAAGAAGCUAAAUUUGUUCUGAA